GCUGUGCCCUAACGCUGAGGUCUUCGUUACCAGUUUAAGGAAACCGGACACUGCAGCGGGAUCGUUCCUGGAACGGGAACGCCCAUGGGGCCGCGUGCCAAGCAUUCAUGCUCUGCCUCCAGCCCCGGUGAAAUCAGUCCUUGCCCGCAGGAGAGAGGCCAUGGCUGCGGUCUUCCUGCCCGGGAACCUGCAGGAUGAAGCCACUUGCUCCGUCUGCUUGGAAUUCUUCAAGGAUCCCGUGUCCAUCGAGUGCGGGCACAACUUCUGCCGGGCGUGCAUCGUCAAGAGCUGGAAGGACUUGGAGAUGGACUUCCCCUGCCCGCAGUGCAGGGAGGUCUUCCAGCAAAAGAGCCUCCGGCCCAACCGCCAGUUGGCCAACAUGUCCGAGAUCAUCAGCCAGUUCGCCCUCCGCGGGGCCAAGGGCGCGGAAGAGGACGGGCUCUGCGCGAAGCACCGCGAAGCCCUCAAGCUCUACUGCAAGGACGACCGCAGGACGAUCUGCGUGGUGUGCGACCGCUCCCGCGAGCACCGUCCUCACGCCGUGGUCCCCGUGGAUGAGGCGUCCGAGGAGUACAAGGAGAAAAUCCAGGGCCGCUUGGAUUUCCUGAAAAAGGAGAGGCAGGAGCUGCUGGAAUUCAAAGUGAACGAUGAUAAGAAAACGCAGGAGCUUUUGAAAACCAUCGAGACCGAGCGCCAGAAGCUGCUCGUGGAGUUUGAGGGGCUGCGGCAGUUCCUGCACGACCAGGAGCACAUCCUCCUGGGGCAGCUGGACAAGAUGGAGAAGAGCAUCUCCAAGAGGCAGAACGAGAACAUCACCGACCUCUCCAAGGAGAUCACGCUCCUCAACAAGCUCAUCACGGAGCUGGAGGAGAAAAUCCAGCAGCCCGUGCUCGAGUUCCUCAAGGAUGUGAUGAACAUCAUCAGCAGGAGUGAGGAGGUGAAGUGCCAGAAGCCCGUGCCCGUCUGCACCGACAUGAAGAUGCACGUCUGCAACUUCUCCCUCAAGACCGUGGUCCUCGAGAAAGUCCUGAAGAGAUUCAGAGAAAACCUGAGGGACGAGUUGGGAAGAGGUGAAAAAGAGGACCUGACCCUGGACCCCGACUCGGCCAACCACCUCCUCAUCCUCUCCGCGGACCUCAAGAGCGUGAGGAUGGGCUGCAGGAAGCAGGAGCUGCCCGACAACCCCAAGAGAUUCGACACCAACUCGCGGGUGUUGGCCUCCACCGGUUUCAAGUCGGGGCGGCACUACUGGGAAGUGGAGGUCGGGGCCUCGGACGGUUGGGCCUUUGGGGUGGCCAAGGAGUCGGUGCGGAGGAAAGGGCUGACGCAGUUUUCUCCCGAGGAAGGGAUUUGGGCGGUGCAGCAAAACGGAGGGCGGUACUGGGCCGUCACUUCGCCCCAGCGCACCCCACUGUGCCUGGGCCAGAAACUCAGCAAGGUGCGGGUGUACCUGGAUUACGAAGGGGAGGAGGUGUCCUUCUACAACGCCGACAACAUGCAGCACAUCUUCACCUUCAACGUCGCCUUCCGGGAGAAGGUGUUCCCUCUUUUUUCCGUGUGCUCCACCGUGACGUACAUCAAACUGUGCUCCUGAGGUCACGGGGACCCAUUGGUGGGUCAGGGUCUGGAAGGAGUAAUUGGGUUGUUGGGAUAGAAGGUGGGGAAUGAGCUGAGAAGAGGGGUGGGGAGGAGGGGAACCAUCCCAAGGGGUCUUCAGACAAAGGAACAGAGGAGGGCUGAAACCAUCCGCUGCGUCUCAAUCACAUCGCCAACCAAUCGUUGAGCCAACUCAUCAUUAAGCCAACCCAUGGUUGAGCCAACUCAUGGUUGAGCCAACCCAACUCUUCAGCGAGAAGGAAACCACUGUGCUGGUUUGGGGCCCCGUGUCCGGUGGCGAAUGGGUUUUCCUCUUGGGAUGAAGACUGGUGGGGAGCUUUUUUAGUUUAUUUUGGCUCUUUCCUUCUUGCUCCUGCUGGGAAGAAGUGCCUCCGCGAAGGGUAAGUCUUGCUUGUUUUAGGUGGUGCUUCUAAAAUUUGGGGGAAUUUUGUCCUCCAAAGACUCUUCUUGCAGUAUUUUGGUGGUGGUUUGAGCCCUGUGGUCACCACAAUGUGAUCUCUCCCGGCGACAAACCCCCAAAAUGCUGAUUUUUUUUUUUUUCCCCCCAAAACUGUCCCAUGGGGAGCAGAAAGAAAUGGGAGAUGUGGCGACGCUGGGGUUGUUCGUGCUGGAAAUAAAACGUGAAGGUGCUACUGGA